UGCCUGUUUGACUUUGUAAAUAAGCAUUUUAAUUUUGCGACUUUAGUGCAGUUGAUAAAAUAGCGGUGAAUAGAACAAAAGCGCACCGAAAUCGAAGAAAAGGAGUUGAAAAUUUUAAUUUAAUCCAAACCAAGCACUUACUGUAUUUACAACAAAAUUACAAAUGUCUAAUAAAAAAGAAAUAACACGAAAAACCACAAAACAUAUUCUGAAAUUAAACGCAAAGGAAAGACGUGAAUUCUUGGAUUCGUUUGAUCGCAUAUUCUCCGAUGUAGAUGGCGUAGUUUGGGCGCGUGAUGAAUACAUUCCACGUGCUGCGGAAGGGUUCAAAGCACUCUCGAGAGCCGGUAAAAAAUUCAGCUUCGUAACGAACAACGGCGUGCGGACGUUGAGUGAAUAUGCACAACGUUUUAAAGAGAUUGGCAUCGAAUUUAAUGCGAGCGAAUUCGUGUACCCCGCUAAGAGUGUUGUACAAUAUCUGAAUAGUAUUAACUUCAAGGGGCUCAUCUAUGUUAUGGCAACCGAAAACUUCAAGAACACUCUACGCGAGGCGGGCUAUGAAUUUAUUUUUGGCCCAUUGAAAAUCAUUAAGGAAACUUACAGCGAGUUAGCCAAUCAUAUCUUCAGCAACGAGCCCGUGCGCGCCGUUAUACUUGAUGUCGACUUUAACAUGUCUUCAUUAAAUCUCAUACGCGCACAUUUAUUCCUGCGUCACCCGGAUUGCAUACUGAUUUUGGGCGCCAGCGACAAAUUCUUACCAUUCGCCAAGGGCGUGGAUAUCAUAGGACCCUGUUCGUUUGCGCAAAUCAUCGCCGAUUCCAGCAAGAAACGUCUCAUUACGUUGGGCAAGCCGGGGAAGGAUUUGGCAGAGAUGCUUGUCAAGAAUUUUGAUAUAAAGGAGAGGAAGCGCGUGCUUAUGAUUGGCGAUAUGUUGGAGCAGGACAUUGGCUUUGGCACGCAAUGCGGCUUCCAGACGUUGCUCGUGCUGAGCGGUGGUUGUAAUAUGCAAAAAAUGCUAGCAGAAACCGAUCCCGUUAAAAUACCAGAUUACUAUGCUGACAGUAUGGGUGAUUUCAUUGAGUUUUUGAAGAAUUUGAAGAAGGCGCAAGUGUGAGUAGGGCAAUGGUAUAAACACUAGGGUGGUACUUGAAAAGUUUCUUUUUUUUUUAAUUUGUUCAGUCUCAGCCACUUAAUUCGCGAAUUUUAAUAUAAAAAUUAGUUUUCUAAAUAUGAGAACCGCCCUAAUGCGCAUUUAUGAAGUUUCAAUUAUGGUCAAGAAAUGUUAUAAAUAUUAUAAACUUAAAUAUUCUUUUUGAAUGUAAUGCUGUUUUCAUAAUAUAUUAUAAAACAAGUUAGUUUCAAGAA